AACUUCUAAUUCGAGGAAUAGGUCUGUGGCCAGUGAUGGGAAUCUUUUGAGGUUUGCAUCCAUUUGCCUAUGGGUUGGUGUCAAGUUUUUCUCGUCUUCAGAUUCUUCCCAUUUGGUCCUUGCGAUGCCCGCCUUGUCCCCCACAAUGAGCCAAGGUAAUAUUGCAAAAUGGCGAAAAAAAGAAGGAGAUAAGAUUGAAGUCGGUGAUGUGCUAUGUGAAAUUGAGACUGAUAAAGCUACGCUUGAAUUUGAAAGUCUUGAAGAGGGAUUUCUGGCUAAGAUAUUGGUACCGGAUGGGUCAAAGGAUGUGCCUGUGGGACAACCAAUUGCAAUAACAGUUGAGGAUCCAAAUGAUAUCCAAAAUGUUCCUGCUUCGGUGGGGGCUGAGGUAGGAGCCAAGGAGAAAAAAUCUACCAACCAAGAAGUUAAUCAUGACGAGAGGACACCAGAAUCAACUUCCGCUAAAAUAAACACAUCAGAACUCCCUCCUCAUAUCCUUCUUGAAAUGCCAGCUUUGUCCCCAACAAUGAACCAAGGAAACAUUGCUAAAUGGAGGAAAAAAGAAGGAGACAAGAUAGAAGUGGGUGACAUAUUAUGUGAGAUAGAGACGGACAAAGCUACCCUUGAAUUUGAGACUCUUGAAGAGGGAUAUCUAGCUAAGAUAUUAACCCCAGAGGGUUCAAAAGAUGUGGCAGUGGGACAACCUAUUGCAAUAACAGUUGAAGAUGCAUCUGAUGUUGAAGCGGUAAAGAAUUCAGUCAGGAGCAGUUCUGCAAGCCAACAGGAGAAGACCACUCACCAUGACACUAGAAGUGAGGGUGGAGCACAGAAGACCAAUGCAAGAAGAAUUAGCCCAGCUGCAAAGUUGUUGAUCCUAGAACAUGGAUUGGAUGCAUCCACAUUGAAAGCAUCUGGUCCUUAUGGAACCCUCCUAAAAGGGGAUGUUCUUUCUGUUAUUAAGUCUGGAAAAAUAUCUCCGCAACUUGCAUCUAAGGAAAACGCACCAUCGUCUCAAAGUCAUCAACAGGUUGCUGCAUCACAAGACUCUAAGUCUCCUUUAAAGCAAUCGGAUGCUUUUGAAGAUUUGCCAAAUAGCCAAAUCCGUAAGGUGAUUGCCAAGAGGUUGUUGGAGUCUAAACAAAAUACGCCUCACUUGUAUUUGUCGUCAGAUGUUAUACUGGACCCACUUCUUUCUCUUAGAAAAGAUCUCAAAGAGCAAUAUGGUGUUAAAGUUUCGGUGAAUGAUAUUGUCAUCAAAGUUGUAGCCGCUGCUCUCAAAAGUGUAACGGAAGCAAAUGCCUACUGGGAUGCUGAGAAGGGUGAGGUUAUUUUAUGUGAGUCCGUUGACAUAUCAAUUGCCGUGGCUACAGAGAAGGGCUUGAUGACACCAAUUGUUAGGAAUGCUGAUCAGAAGACAAUAUCUUCGAUCUCCACAGAGGUCAAGGAACUGGCAGAAAAGGCACGCUCUGGCAAGCUAAUGCCACAUGAGUUCCAAGGAGGAACUUUUAGCAUUUCAAAUUUGGGAAUGUUUCCUGUGGAUCAGUUCUGUGCUAUAAUAAAUCCCCCACAGGCUGGCAUUCUCGCUGUUGGUAGGGGUAACAAAGUUGUGGAACCUGUAAUGGGAGCUGAUGGAAUUGAGAGGCCAUCCGUUGUUACUAAGAUGAACUUGACCUUGUCUGCUGAUCAUCGCGUUUUUGAAGGCAAAGUUGCAGGAGCAUUUCUGUCAGCUCUGCGGUCAAACUUCAGUGACAUAAGAAGACUUCUUUUAUAAUACAUAAAAGAAUUGUUCUUGUGAUUUGAUGGGCCGACUUAAGAUGCAGUUUAACUUAGUCUGCAUCCUCCGCAAUCCAAGUAUUAAUCUUCCAUGGCAUCCCCAUUUUUGCCCUCUUCAUUCUCUACAGCUCAAAAUGUGGCCCGUUGUUGUGCCAUUUUUUUUUAAAAAAAUUUUAUUCCUUGUUCUAUUGAUUAAAAAAAAAAAAACCCUCGUCUCAUGACCAAGCAUUCCAAGAAAUGACCUUGUUUGGAGGGUUUAACCAUUGAGGUUUCAACCUGAGAUUUUGUCCUUCAGAUACUGCUGCCCUUUGAAGCUGUAUAAAUAAUUGUGUACGGUCAACGGCAGAAGCAACAGAGCAAUUGAGUUAAUAAAUGAUUAGUGAUUCUUUUUUUUUUUGCUGAUCAUAACUGUAUUGCUGUGUAUUAUACGUAUUGCAGUUGUGAUUGAAAGUUCCUAUGAUCCUUACGUA